GAUUUCUGUGUCCAGGGCCACCUUUCCCUCCCAGCUAGGGUUUGGGAGGCAGGGAGGAGGCAGGUGAGGCGGGUGCCACAGGCAGGGGAGGAGCACAGAUCACCUGGGAGCAGGUGCAGCACCAAGAUCACCAGGACAGUCAGAAGAGGUAGACAGGAUGGCAAAUUUUAAGGGUCACGCGCUUCCAGGCAGCUUCUUCCUGCUCUUUGGACUCUGGUGGUCUGUGAAAUACCCACUGCAGUAUCUUAGCCAGAAAGUAAAGAAAAAAUCUCACAGGGCUUACUGUUUCCAGCGUGUGGAUGCCAUUGAAGGGGGAAUCAAAAUCGUCUUUUCUCUCAUAGGGAUGCUGGCGGAGCAGUUUGUUCCCGAUGGUCCCCACUUGUACCUGUACAGCGGAGAGAAUCACAACUGGGUGAAGCUGAUGAACUGGCAGCACACCACCAUGUACCUCUUCUACGGCCUCUCCGGGAUGGUAGAUGUCUUCACCUACAUCUCCCAGGUGGUUCCACAGGGUCUGGAUCGCCUUAUGUUGGCCAUGGCCGUGUUUGUUGAAGGUUGUCUCUUCUAUUACCACGUCCUUCACCGCCCCAUGUUGGAUCAGCACAUCCACUCCUUGCUGCUCAUCACCAUCUUUGCUGGGGCUGGCAGCAUCCUGCUGGAGGUUUUCCUGCGUGGCAACAUUGUCCUGGAGAUGUUCCGAGCCCACAUCACCAUCGUCCAGGGAACGUGGUUCUGGCAGAUCGGUGUUGUGCUGUUCCAGCCAUGGGGAGGUCCUGUGUGGGAUGAGAAUGACCACAGCAACAUCAUGUUCCUCACGAUGUGCUUCUUCUGGCACUGGGCAGCUGCUGUGGCCAUCGUGGCGGUGAACUACACCCUCGCUUACUGCUGUCUCCAGAGGCUCUGGAGAGGCAGGGGAGAGCCCUACAUCAGCCUGGGGGUCCGGCAGCAGAAGUGUGACAGCAGCUCCCAAGCUGCCUUCUUCAAUGGCUCCGAUGAAGAGUGAAGAGGGUGCAAACUCCUGCUCCAAAUACCUGAACAGUCCUUUUCCCAGAAGAAACAAAUUAAAUGAAAUGUUUUUUGUUUUGGAAGAGAGAUGCCCCCAUGGUGCUGCUGGGAGGAAGACUGAGCACACAGGGGUGGCUGCCCUCCAUCCAUACCCAAGUAUCUCUGGCUCAGACAUGGGCACAGCUUGAAGUGAUUUUUAGCAGCAAAACAAAGCAUGGAAAUUCAGUGUGACAAGAUCACCUGCUGUGAUUGAAGUCAGGGAAAUCUCCAGGCUGAGGUCAUGCACCUCUGGAGCAAGGCAUCACCCCAAGGAGGACGAGUAAGAGAGUGUUGAAUGUGAGAUUAUGGCAAUUUUUGCAACACCAGGGCUUGAUUGCACACAAUACAAAUGUUAUUACUGAAGCUUUGAACUAAAGAGGGGUUUUGUUACUCAUUUUUAUGUUCACUUAAAGGCUAAGAGAGUAAAUAAAUGUGAAAUGAAAAUCUUCACUGAGAUGAUAUCCUUAAAUUUAAGACUGAUAAAUUAUAGAGUGUGUAAUAAUAGCUUAGAAAAAAUCCAUCCCUCAGACCUGCAAAGCCUAAAGGACUGUAAGAUACAUGGCCAUGCAGCAGGGAUUAAUGAAAUGUCCCAGUUUUCCACUGAAAAUAAAC